CCCCCUUACGCCUCACUAUUUUUUUAUCACAAUUUCUUAAGCACCAAACAACAGAAUCAUUCCGGGAAGAAAACUAAUGGGGAAUUGCAUGAAAGCUUCAAAAAGGCAACUGGGGGAAGAAGAAAUAGAAAAGGCUUGUGAAGCUGCUGCAAAAACCAUCGUGAAAGUGAAGAUAGUGCUGACGAAACAGGAGCUAGAGUUGUUUAUGGUGAAGCUGAAAAAGAAUAACAAUGGUGGAGGGAAGUGUUUAGGGGAUCUUUUGGAGGAAAUAGAGAAAGCAAGAUGUGGAAACAAACAUGAAUCUUGGAGACCUUCAUUGGAAAGUAUCAUGGAAGACGACCCUCAUGGACUUUAAUUAAUGGAGCACAACAGAUCAUGAAGCUUUUAACUUUUUCUUUUUGUAAACUACUAAAUAUAUAACCUUCUUCUCAUGUCGGGUUUUUUUUUUAAAAAAAAAAAAUCAUUUUUUUACUUGGGCACAUUACGCCAGAGGGUAUACCAGAAUUUCCAUUUGAUUUCUUUUUUCUGGAUUGAUCCUUUUGCUUGUGUGAUGAACCAAGUGGAAUCUGUAUCUAUAAGCUAUGGUUUUUGGAUAAAUAUAGAUUUCUCUUUGUUUACUAA